UGGUGACCUUUGAGGAGGUUGCCGUGCAUUUCUCGGAGGAGGAGUGGGCUCUGCUGGAUCCAGGCCAGAGGACUCUGCACAAAGAAGUCAUGGAGGAGAAUCGUAGGAUCCUGGCCUCUCUGGGUGAUCACAGGGAGAACAAUAAAAAUGGCCUACACCAGAGAAGGAAAACUGAAACUGAAGGGAAGAGGGAAAACGAAUCCAUUUCUUUUGAAGGAUCAGAUCUCUGUGAAACUCCAACACUAGAAGCACCAAGUAAAAAGAACAUUCAUAAAAGGAAGAAACAGAGUAAAACUCAGAAGAUUCAUUCUAACAAAUAUCAAAGGGUUCAAUGCUUAGUAUGUGAAAAACAAUUCACGUUCAACUCACAACUUAACUUGCAUAAAAGAAUUCACACUGGAGAGAAGCCCUAUAAAUGCUUUGAGUGUGGGAAGACCUUUGCUCAGAGCACAGACCUUAAGCGGCAUCAAGUAAUUCACACUGGGGAGAAGCCCUAUAAAUGCUUUGAGUGUGGGAAGACCUUUGCUCGGAGCACACACCUUAAGCUGCAUCAAAGAACUCACACUGGGGAGAAGCCCUAUAAAUGCUUAGAAUGUGGGAAGAGCUUUGCUCAGAGCGGCAGCCUUACGGAGCAUCAAAGAAUUCACACUGGGGAGAAGCCCUAUAAAUGCUUAGAAUGCGGUAAGAGCUUUGUUCAGAGCAGCAGCCUUAAGCAGCAUCAAAGAAUUCAUACUGGGGAGAAGCCCUAUAAAUGCUUAGAGUGUGGGAAAACCUUUGCUCGGAGCACACAGCUUAAGCAGCAUCAAGGAAUUCACACUGGGGAGGAGCCCUAUAAAUGCUUAGAGUGUGGGAAGACCUUUGCUCAGAGCACACAGCUUAAGCAGCAUCAACGAAUUCACACUGGGGAGAAGCCCUAUAAAUGCUUAGAAUGUGGGAAGAGCUUUGUUUACAGCACAGACAUGAAGCGGCAUCAAAGAAUUCACACUGGGGAGAAGCCCUAUAAAUGCUUAGAGUGUGGGAAGACCUUUGCUCAGAGCUCACAGCUUAAGCAGCAUCAAGGAAUUCACACUGGGGAGAAGCCCUAUAAAUGUUUAGAAUGUGGGAAGAGCUUUGCUCACAGCUCAAGCUUUAAGCUGCAUCAAAGAAUUCACACUGGGGAGAAGCCCUAUAAAUGCUUAAAGUGUGGGAAGACCUUUGCUCGGAGCACACAGCUUAAGCAGCAUCAAGAAAUUCACAAUGUGGAGAAGCCCUAUAAAUGUUUAGAAUGCGGUAAGAGCUUUGCUCACAGCACAAGCCUUAAGCUGCAUCAAGGAAUUCACACUGGGGAGAAGCCCUAUAAAUGUUUAGAAUGCGGGAAGAGCUUUGUUCUGAGCUCACACCUUAAGCUGCAUCAAAGAAGUCACACUGGGGAGAAGCCCUAUAAUUGCAUAGAAUGCGGGAAGAGCUAUGCUCACAGCAUCAGCCUUAAGCAGCAUCAACGAAUUCACACUGGGGAGAAGCCCUAUAAAUGCUUAGAAUGCGGGAAGAACUUUGUUCUGAGCUCAUCCCUGAAGCAGCAUCAAAGAGUUCACACUGGGGAAAAGCCCUAUAAAUGCUUAGAGUGCGGAAAGACCUUUGCUCAGAGGACAGCCCUUAAGCAGCAUCAAGUAAUUCACACUGGGGAGAAGCCCUAUAAAUGCUUCGAAUGCGGGAAGACCUUUGCUCACAGCACAAACCUUAAGCAGCAUCAACGAAUUCACACUGGGGAGAAGCCCUAUAAAUGCUUCGAGUGCGGGAAGAGCUUUGUUCUGAGCUCACACCUUAACCAGCAUCAAAGAAUUCACACUGGGGAGAAGCCCUAUAUAUGCUUAGAGUGCGGGAAAAGCUUUGCUCACAGCACAAACCUUAAGCUUCAUCAAAGAUUUCACACUGGGGAGAAGCCCUAUAAAUGCUUAGAGUGCGGGAAGAGCUUUGCUCAGAGCUCACACCUUAAGCAGCAUCAACGAAUUCACACUGGGGAGAAGCCCUACAAAUGCUUAGAGUGCGGAAAUACCUUUGUUCAGAGCUCACAACUUAAGCAUCAUCAACGAAUUCACACUGGGGAGAAGCCCUAUAAAUGUUUAGAAUGCGGGAAGAGAUUUGCUCUGAGUUCACACCUUAAGCUGCAUCAACGAAUUCACACUGGGGAGAAGCCCUAUAAAUGCUUUGAGUGCGGGAAGAACUUUGCUCGGAGCACACACCUUAAGCUACAUCAAGGAAUUCACACUGGGCAGAAGCCCUAUAAAUGCUUAGAAUGUGGGAAGACAUUUGUUCUGAGCUCACACCUUAAGCAGCAUCAACGAAUUCACACUGGGGAGAAGCCCUAUAAAUGCUUAGAGUGUGGGAAGAGCUUUGCUCAGAGCACAGUCCUUAAGCAGCAUCAAAGAAUUCACACUGGGGAGAAGCCCUAUAAAUGCUUAGAAUGUGGGAAGAGCUUUGCUCACAGAACAAGCCUUAAGCUGCAUCAAGGAAUUCACACUGGGAAGAAGCCCUAUAAAUGCUUAGAAUGCGGGAAAAGCUUUGUUCUGAGCUCAUACCUUAAGCGGCAUCAAAGAAUUCACACUGGGGAGAAUCCCUAUAAAUGUUUAGUGUAGCAUUUAAGCAUCAUAGAAUAGUAGAGUUCGAAGGGGCCUAUAAGGCCAUGGAGUCCAACCCCCCAUGCUCAAUGCAGGAAUCCACCCUAAAACAUACCUAACAGAAGGUUGUCCAGCUGCCUCUUGAAGGCCUAUUGUGUGGGAGAGCCCACAACCUCCCUAGGUAACUGGUUCCAUUGUCAUACUGUUCUAACAGGAUGUUUU